ACUCUCUACCUCCCUCUAGAGUUGAUCUUUUAACUAACCCUCUUCAAUUUUCUAAUUAGACAUAGACUGUUCCAUCUAAUAUCGUUAUACCAAAGAUUAUCUCCUUUCCCUUCUCAGGUGCAAAAACACGGAACAAUGUCCGAUCCUAAAUACGCCGGGUCGAAGUUGCUUUCGAGGGGUCCUCUGGACCCCAAGGAAGCCAAAUGGACUCGAUUGGUCAUGUCAUCGUAUACGGACCCCAAUGGUGUUGAGAGGACGUGGGAGUCUGCGGAGCGUCAGACACGCCCCGCAAACUGCGAGAUUGACGGCGUUGGAAUCGUGACAAUCCUCAACAAAGAAACCGGGCCAGAGCUUCUCCUGCAGAAGCAGUACCGCCCGCCUAUCGAUAAGGUGGUCAUUGAGGUGCCUGCUGGGCUGAUUGAUCCCAAUGAGACGGUGGAGGAGUGCGCUGUGCGUGAGCUCAAGGAGGAGACGGGUUACGUUGGCGUGGCGGAGCAGACUAGUAGUGUUAUGUAUAAUGACCCUGGGUUCUGCAAUACCAACCUCAAUAUGGUGCAUGUCCGGGUGGAUAUGUCGUUGCCAGAGAACCAGAACCCGAAGGCCCAGCUUGAAGACAAUGAGUUCAUCGAGUGCUUCACUGUGCCUCUGUCUUCGUUGUUCGAGGAAAUGAAGAAGCUCGAGCGGGAGGGAUACGCUAUUGAUGCUCGGGUGGGCACAAUAGCUGAGGGAAUCGAACUUGCGAAGAGAUUCAAGCUUUAAGCUGUAUGUAGAUGUUUCAGCCUUGGCUCCGUCUUCAUCCUGUACCAUGGAUUUGCACAUUUGUGGUAUUCUGACGACAUUGCCGUUAGAGUCGAU